AUGAAAAAAACCGGAGGCGGUCCACCACCAAGACGUUUAGAUGCAGUGGAAGAAAAAGUGGUUGAUAUUAUCGGUAUGACUGAUGUCGAUGCAAGAAAAAAAAUUGAUCCUGAAACAGAAGAAGUUGAAGCGGCAAAAACAAUGGCACAUGCAAUGGAACAACUUGUUGAGCUGCAAAAAAUUCAGUUGAGUGUCCAAUGUGAACAAGUGAAAAUAUCGUCUCGAUUAUACGAAAUUCAAAUGAAAACAACAAAUCCUG